UACUUGAAGGGCAGCAAGGAACGCAUCGAGUUGGAGGCUGCCCUAAACAAGUAUGCAAAUCAGGUCGAAGAAAUACCCAUCGUUAUCGGUGGCGAGAGACUCAAGAGCCCAGAGGAGCUCAGCGUCACCUGUCCCCACGAUCACGGGAAGAAGCUGGCCAAGUUUUAUCGAGCCUCGUCUGCAAUGAUUCAAAAAGCAAUUGAUGUUUCGAUGAAAGCCCGAGUUGGUUGGGAAGCCACCCCGUUGAAGGACCGGAUUGACGUUUUUCUCAAGCUCGCCGACCUGUGUGCCAAUAAGUAUCGACAGGACUUGAAUGCCACGACGAUGCUCGGUCAAGCCAAGACGAUUGUACAGGCUGAAAUAGAUGCCGCUGCGGAACUCGUGGAUUUCUAUCGCUUCAACUCGUUCUUUGCCAAAGAGUUGACCAAGUAUCAGCCCAUUAGCCCAAAUCCCUCUGAGACGAGGAAUACGAUGCGAUAUCGUGGAUUGGAAGGUUUCAUUGCUGGCAUUUCGCCAUUUAAUUUCACCGCCAUCGGAGGGAAUCUUGGGGCGUCUCCAGCAAUAAUGGGAAAUGUGAUCUUAUGGAAGCCAUCUGAGACAGCGCUGUUGUCCAACUGGGUAAUUUUCAAGAUACUGGAGGAAGCUGGUCUGCCGCCGGGUGUGGUGAACUUCGUACCCUGCGACGGCCCGGUUUUCGGGAAAACAGUGACAACCUCCCCUCACCUUGCCGCCGUCAACUUUACCGGAUCUGUCGCGACGUGGAAGUGGUUGUCGCGAGCAGUUGGCGAGAACCUGGACAAAUACACGAACUACCCACGCUUGAUCGGCGAGUGUGGUGGCAAAAACUACCAUUUGAUUCACCCGUCGGCUGACUUGAAUUCCGUCGCGCCGUCCACGUUGCGAUCUGCGUUUGAAUAUGGUGGUCAGAAAUGUUCAGCUUGUUCAAGAAUCUACGUUCCGCAGUCGGUUUGGCCAACAUUGAAGGACAAACUGCUUGCGCUUCACAAAGAAAUUGUGAUUGGAGACCCAACGGACCCGAAAACGUUCUUCUCUGCUGUUAUUGACAGGGCAUCUUUCAAUAGAAUCAAGAAGUACAUCGAUUAUGCGAAAUCAAAGCACGAAAUCAUUGCUGGAGGAAAAUAUGAUGACAGCAAGGGCUAUUUCAUUGAGCCUACAAUUGUGGUUGUGAAUGAUCCAAAUGACAAGCUGAUGAAUGAGGAGAUCUUUGGACCCGUUUUGUCGGUGUACCCAUUCCCAGAUAAGAUGGUGGACAAGGACAUUUUUGAAAUUGUGAACAAAGUACCAUUUGGCCUGACUGGAGCAAUCUUUUCUCAGGAUACCAAGUAUUUGCAGAAAGCUCUGCAAGAACUGAAGAUGUCAGCAGGAAACUUCUACAUUAAUGACAAGUCAACAGGAUCAGUUGUUGGACAGCAACCAUUUGGGGGUUCAAGAAUUUCAGGAACGAACGACAAAGCUGGCGGACCGCAUUACAUGCUGAAAUGGGCCAGUCCUCAAGCAAUAAAGGAGACGUUUGUGCCAUUACCUGAUUUGCAUUAUCCAUAUAUGAAGGAAUGAAAUUGUGAGAAAGAAGACAAGCGCUCACAAAGUAAGUUUCGUAUGUGCCAACUGUGAGCUGGUUGCGCGGAAUCCCGCAGAGUCCUGUGAAACUCACCUUCAGCUGGAUCUGGAACAAGCAGAAAUGACAGUUCAACACGUGGUUGGGUUUCAAGAGCUUUCUUGAGUGUUGUUCCGUGAACGUUGUGCGAUAUGCUACUGUAAUACAUUUCAUUUACUGUACUCAAGUUUCAA